AUGGAUAACAAUGAGAAAAGCAGAUAUUUGUACCAGCAAUUUGAAGAGGCUUUGAGUGAAAAACUGAAAGCAAGAAAAUCUCAAUAUGUUCUCGAGGAUCUUAACAGAAAACAAAAACCGGCGGCUGAAUUGAAACCGGUGAGAAUUUCAAAUUUUCCUCUAACAAGGGAAGUGCCAGGUGUUGAACUUUCAAAAAAAAAAUUUGAUAAAAAAAUUUGCCUCGAUGCGGGAUCGAACCUGUGACCUAAAAUUUAAAAGACGUCCGUUUUUACCACUCGGCUACGCGCUCCUUUUUUUCUUCCCUGCAAAUGUUUGAUAAAUGAAACGAGGAAAAAGUUCAACACAUUAUGCACUUCCCUUGUAAAUCUUCUUCUCAAAACUACUUUAUAAUUCAGAUAUCUUCGGAGUAUCUUCUUCGUUCGCUUCAAAACCAAGAUGAUCAAAAUCAACUAUUCUCCCGCGAUGCACCAAAUCGUCCAUUCCUCAUCGGCGCCCCAGUUCCAGCAAAACAAAUUCGUAGUCAAAUCGAAUCCCUCGACAACGCCAUUGUUGUUCCACAAAUCAUCGAUGGUCGUGUCUUUUUCCUGACUCACGGCGAUUCGGACACCCAUACUGCCAUCGAAAGUGGAAGUGCUCAUAAUUUCCAAAAUUCCCAGCCUGUCAAUUUGAAGGACGUGAAAUUCAGUUAUGAGCAAUUGGUGCAACUUUUGGGACCGGCAACGUGUCAAAGAUUGGAAAGAGAAUUUGCGCGACAAAAUCGAUUGUCGGAAAUCGAGUUGGCACAAUUAAGAACCGCUCGUGAAUCAUUUUCAAGUGUUCACACUGCAAAUUCCCUCGAGCCCAAUCUCUUAUCUGUCAGAACUGCAAAUUCACUCGAACCGAAUUUGCUUAGCGUUCAUUCUGCACGUUCUCCAGGACCUGCCACUUUGAUUUUCUCGAAAUCUCCAGGAUUAUUGACUGCACAGGAAAGAGAGCCGAAUUUAUUGACAGUGAGAACUGCAAGAUCAAGAUCAAGAUCAAAUUUGUCUGCAAGAAGUCCAUCGGUUCACACGGCGAAUUCUCUCGAACCAAAUCUCUUAUCUGUCAGAACUGCAAAUUCACUCGAACCCAAUCUUUUGAGUGUUCAUUCUGCUCGUUCUCCAGGACCAGCCACUUUGAUUUUCGCGAAAUCGCCAGGAUUAUUGACUGCGCAGGAAAGAGAGCCGAAUUUAUUGACAGUAAGAACUGCAAGAUCAAGAUCCAAUUCACGCCUGUCUGCAAGAAGUCCAUCGGUUCACACGGCAAAUUCACUCGAGCCAAAUCUCUUAUCAGUUAGAACUGCAAAUUCUCUCGAACCCAAUCUCUUGAGUGUUCAUUCUGCUCGCUCUCCAGGACCAGCCACUUUGAUUUUUGCGAAAUCGCCAGGAUUAUUGACUGCGCAGGAAAGAGAGCCGAAUCUUUUGUCAACAAGAACUGCGAGAUCAUCUGCAAGUGAAUCUUCUGAUGUUAAUACUUGCGUCGAGAUUGCUGAUGAUCCAACGAUUGGAGUUUUGACUGCUCUUUCGAUUAGAAGUGCGGGUUCGAGAUCUUCGCAAGAUGUUAAUACUGCACUCCCAGUCCUCACUUUGGUUAGGUAGGCUUUUAUUUUUUUUUAAAUUUAUUUAUUUAUGAUUUGAAAUUAUUCUUUUAGAUCAUCGCAAGAUGUUGAAACUGCUCGCGAUAUUGAAUCAACAAGAUCUUCAAAAGAUGUUCAUACUGCAAUCGAGAUUCCAAAUCAAACAUUCAUCAUUUAA